AUGGCAUUAUUAGAGAUCAUACAAAAGUUAGGAGCUGCACGCGAAGAGCUGGAUCUCUGUUUAACGCAAGCCAAGAUUGAACUGAAAGCGAUAGAAUAUGCUAGUAAUUCACCACCCAACUUUGACAGUGCAAGCAAAGACGUACGUGUUGAUUUUGAAAAGCCAUACCCUGAUGAAGAAAGAAUGCGCCGUGGAUUAUUGUAUUGGCAAAAUACAACUCAACAAAACAAAGAAGAUCGAUUUGAGAGCUCUGAUAGUGAAGUAUCUGCUGAUGAAGAAAUGGUGGAUGUGACUACAAAUAGACAAACAGAAGAUACAGGUGGAGAUCCUUUCUGGAUUCUUGAUUUGAAUCCAGAUAUGCAACCAUGA